AUGUCCUCUGUAGUAUAUUACAAAUUCUUGCAUCAAAAGAAUAAAAGUGUUAUACAUUUUGAUGGAACAUCGAUAAGUGUAUUUGAUUUGAAGAAAGAGAUCAUUACCCAGAAUCAAUUGGGUUCAGGACAAGAUUUCAAUUUAAGAUUAUAUCAUUCUGAACAACCAGAUCAAGAAUAUGAAUUGGAUCAAGAUGUAAUACCUCGAUCAAGUUAUGUACUAGCUAAACGAUCUCCAGCAUUUGUAAAACUGGGAAAAUACAACAAUGCUCUGAGAUAUGUAACUGGUAAACCAAGAAUAAAUCGAAAGGCAAUUACUUCGACUAUUAGUAGUGGACAAACGGCAAAUUCAUCUCUUUCGGUUCCAAUACAACAAUUGGAUGAAAAUGCAACUGAAGAAGAUAGAAUUAAAUUAAUGUUUCAGAAUCAAUCGAAUGCUUGGGAACAAACACAAGAAGAUUUGGCUCAUCAUAAAAUGGUAUUUAAUAAACCCACUGCCGCCAGUACAGCAAAUAAGCAAGAUGAUCAUCCGCCACCAGGUUAUAUUUGUUAUCGAUGUGGGAAAAAAGAUCAUUGGAUCAAAAAUUGUCCUACUAAUAAUGACCCCAAUUUUGAAGGUAAAAAGAUUAUGAGAACAACUGGUAUUCCAAAAUCUUAUUUGAAAACUAUUUCAAGAGAAGAAGUGGAAAGUAAAGCUAAUACGCUAACUACAAAUGAUAAUGGUGAUGUGGUUGAUAGUGAAGGUAAUGUGAUAUUAAUUACUGAUGAAGGUGAUUAUGCUAUCGCCAUGGCUGAUUCCAAAACAUGGCAAAAUUAUCAAGAAAAAUUGCAAAAUGCUGCUUUAAAAUCAAAGAGGGAAUAUGAACUGAAAUUGGUUACAGAAAUUGAAAAGGAUAAUAAAUUGGAAUUUUUGGAUCCAUUGGCCAAUACUAAAACAGUUUUGUCACCACCAAUCGUAAUGACCCCAUGUUGUACAGAUAGUACCAAGCUACAAAGCAUGAAAAACUUCAAUUAUAACCAACCUGAAUUAGAAAGAGUUUUAAUUGAUAAUGAUUUCCAUUGUCCUAAUUGUGGUAAAGCAGAUGUGUUUCUUGAUUCAGUUAUCCCUAAUAAGGAUUUAGAAGACAAGCUACAAGAAUAUGUGUCAUCAAAAGAAAAAGAACUCAAUAUAAAAGAUCCAAGUAAACGUACAGCAGAGGAAAUGAGUGCUGAUGAUAAUUCAGGGGAACCUGAUGCUAAAAAACAAAAAAUUGCUCCAGCUACUAUCCAACCAGGAAUGUUUCCUGUUGGUGUUAUGCCACCAAUGCCAUUUGCCUUACCACCAGGAGUCCAGAUUCCUCCUCCCCCUCCUCCUGGAUUUGGAAUGGUACCACCUCCACAUUUUAUGCCACCAACCCAGGUACAACAAUUUAAUAACAACAAUAACAACAAUAGUGGUGGUAAUCCGCCCCAGUAA